UUAAUCUGUUUCUGCCAGUUGUCGGUUGGCCUUUCAUGCAGAAAAAAAUGGAGGAGAAGAUACUGAGGCUUUACUCUCCAUCAACCAAAGCUCCCCGGAGAAUGACAUCUGAUUCCAGUGAACUCAGCAGGCCUACAGUCGUCAGAACCAAGAAUGCUCGCCGGAGAAGAUUGGAAAUUAGAAGAUUGAAGUACAAGUGUCAGACAAUGAUGAAUAUAACCAUCACAGAAAACAGCAGCAACGGCGAUAAAGACAAGAAUCUUCUUCAUGGAUCAAAACCAAGCAAUGGUUUAACGGAUAUAUCGCUUUCAUUGUCUUCUUCUUCGUCAAAGCAAACAUCAUUAGAGGAGAAGGACAUCGUUUUAGCUGGCUUUGGAGAGAAAACUUGCAAGAAAAACAAUGAUGUUGAAAGUUUGACGUGCAUGUCUCACGGGUUACUAUCAGUUAUCGGUAGGAGAAGAGAGAUGGAAGAUGCAGUGAAAGUGGAGUUAGGAUUUAUGGUCAAAGGAGGGGAAAAUUUUAAUUUUUAUGGAGUCUAUGACGGGCACGGCGGGUCCAGAGUGGCGGAGGAGUGUAGAGAAAGGUUGCAUAACGUGCUGGUGGAGGAAAUAGUAGAGGAUAAUGAGGAAGGAGAUGGGAUUGAUUGGGGAAGAACGAUGGAGAGGUGUUUUGAGAAGAUGGAUGAAGAGGUGAAUAGAGGGAGGGUGGAGGAGGAGAUGGUGGGGUCGACGGCUGUUGUGGCGGUGGUUGGUAACGGUAAGGUGAUAGUGGCAAAUUGUGGGGACUCUAGAGCUGUUCUAUCGAGGGGUGGUGUUGCUGUGGCCUUGUCUUUUGAUCAUAAGCCUGACAGACCUGAUGAGUUGGAGAGAGUUGAAGCCGGUGGUGGAAGGGUCAUAAACUGGAAUGGAUAUCGUGUGCUAGGAGUACUUGCCACUUCAAGAUCCAUAGGUGAUCAGUACCUUAAACCAUUUGUUAUAUGCAAGCCAGAAGUAACAGUAAGAGAGCUAACCAAUCGCGAUGAGUUCCUCAUACUAGCUAGUGAUGGCCUGUGGGAUGUGAUAUCUAAUGAAGUCGCGUGCCGAGUAGUGAGGAGAUGUCUGAACGGCCAAAUAAGGAGGAAAUCCCUUGAGAAUAUUGUCAACGAAAACCGUGCCGCCGAAGCAGCAGCAGUGUUGGUUGAGCUUGCAAUAGCUCGGGGUAGCAAAGACAACAUUAGUGUGAUAGUGGUUGAGCUAAGAAAACCUACUACUUUCCUCCCUUAAGAUCACUAGCCGUCUGUCUGAAGUCACUCUCAAACACAGCGGAUGGAGAAGUCAAUCUGGGAUUGCUAACCAAGGAUUUCGUUUGAGAUGAUCCAUCCAAUUAAACUAGAAGGAAAUUAAGUGGUUGCUUGGGGGCUUAGAGUUGAUUGGGUAUCAUAAUAACAUUUGAUUCAUUUGGCUUGGGGCUUUUACAUGAGCACCAUUCCCCUGAGUAUAUCUGUUGCUAUAGAUAAUUUCGGCAUUUAAAUAUAAAAGCUCUAAUGGAACAAAAAACACAAAUAAAAAACUUAUUAAGUAUUGCCUUUUUAUCAA